AUGGAAGCCAGUCAGUUUGAGGCGCUCAAGGAGAAUCUAUGGGACUUCAUGAAGACAGAGAUUUAUCCCAAUGAGCUGCGGCACAUCAAGGAGGCGAGAGGCCUUUGGAACCUGUUUUUGCCGGUGGAUUCUGCUCAACUCGCUGGCCGUAAAGGUGGUGGUCUGACCAACCUGCAGUAUGCGGAUUGCUGUGAAAUCAUGGGCACUUCGAACCACGCUGAAUUUGCUGCUGAGGCUUGCAAUUGUGCCAGUCCUGACACUGGCAAUAUGGAGGUCUUAGCCAGAUUUGGUACAGAGGAGCAGAAGAAGCUUUGGCUUGAGCCAUUGCUGGAUGCCAAAAUCCGCUCCUGCUAUGCGAUGACUGAGCCAGCAGUCGCAAGUAGCGAUGCCACCAACAUCAGGACUAUGAUCACGCGUGAUGGUGACCACUGGGUGAUCAAUGGCCGAAAACAUUGGAUCACUGGAGCUGGGAAUGUGGACUGCAAAAUCAUGAUUCUCAUGGGCAGGACAGGGCCAAAGGAUGCUGCGACCUACCGUUCCCAAUCUCAAAUUUUGGUGCCCAUGGACACGCCUGGGAUCACCUUGGUGCGGCCCAUGGAGACUUUUGGGGACGAUGAUUGUCCCAAGGGCCACAUGGAGAUUCUCUUCGAGGAUGUUCGUGUGCCCCUGAGCAACAUGAUUUGGGGAGAGGGCCGCGGCUUUGAAAUCGCCCAGCUGCGAUUGGGCCCGGGCCGCAUUCACCAUUGUAUGCGCAUGAUUGGGCAGGCAGAGCGCGCCUUGAGCCACAUGUGCCGUCGCGCAAGCUCUCGAAAAGCAUUUGGACAACAGCUUUCAGAGAUGGGCAGCGUGGUCCAGCAGAUCGCCGAAUGCCGCGCUGAGAUUGACCAGGCCCGUUUGUUGGUUCGUGAAGCUGCGGACAGGAUGGACAGGCUUGGCAACACUGAUCACUACACCCGAAAACUUCUGAGCCUUGUGAAGGCUGUGGUGCCCAGCAUGACUCAACGUGUGGUGGAUCGUGCGAUGCAGCUUCACGGCGGCCUUGGAGGCUCUCAAGACAGCUUCCUCCCUGCGGCCUUUGUCGGGUGCCGGAACCUGCGUUGGGCGGAUGGCCCAGAUGAGGUCCAUUGGCGUACUGCAGGACGCUUGGAGCUGUCCUUUCAAAGGAAGGAAUCGCCUCUCUAUCAGAUUGAGCUGUAUCAGCAUGACAAAACGGUUCCAUUUCGCGCCAAACUCUGA